AAAAUGUAUAUAACGUUUCCCAACACCUUUAAAGGAAAGUUCAACAAUAAAAACAUUGAUACUAUAGAAGACAAUAAUGGAUAAAUUUCAGUGUUUUUUCCAAAGAACAAGAAUAGGACAAAUCAGGUGCUCGGGAUGUUUUUUAUGGGCCCACGAGAAGUACGCUUUUUUCAAAGAAAAAGAAGAUAACUUCGAAGCUAUGAUUGUCGUCGCAUAUAAUUUUUUAUCGGAUAUACCGAUUUCGCAAUAAAUACACUGUAUCUUGUAACCACUUGCCCGCCCGGCCUUCUCAUUCAUUCAUACACACAACAAAUGUAAUUUUGUGUAUGAAAAUGUUUAUUUUCAUUUUUAGUUAUAAUUCUUACCUAGAGUGGCGUUGCGAUCAUUUUCUGUUAUAAUGAUAACAGAACGAAAUAAAAUUUUCAAUCUAUGACUUAACGCUUAGUUUAUGGCACAGUUUAUCCAGUUUAUUCGUAUGUAUGUACGGAAGUGGCAAGAGUAAUAUUAAGUUGUGUUGUUUGCUUAUUAGUUACGUGUAUGCACAUAAGUCUCGUAUUCUGGUUAUUCGCACAUUUGUCAAUUGAAAAUCAUUUUGCAAUCAAACAUUUAAAUAAACAAGAUAUUAAUUUUUGCAACAUAAUGCGUCAAUUAAAAGGUAAAACAAAAGAAACAAAUAAGCAAAAGAAGGAACGCAAAAAGGAAUUUCUUGAAAACAAGCAACGAAUUUUUACAGUCGUUUUACCUACAAUGGCUGCAAUAUUUGUAAUGAUAGCCGCAUAUGUUUAUAUUAAAACUCGGCCAAAAGUAAUAGAAUCCAAAGGAACAAAAUAUGUAACAUACGGAUCUGUUCUUAAAUUAAUGAACGUUGACUUCAAUCUCAGAUUACAUUCUCAUGAUAUCAGAUAUGGAAGCGGCAGUGGGCAACAAUCAGUGACAGGUAUAGAAGUUAAAGAAGAUGGUAAUUCGUACUGGCUUGUAAAAGCAAAAUAUGGAAAGCAAUAUACUCGUGGGAAACCCAUUAAAUGUGGGGAUAUAAUUAGACUAGAACAUAUCGCAACGAAAAAGAAUUUACAUUCUCACUUGGUUAAUUCGCCACUAAGUGGUAAACAAGAAAUAUCUGCCUAUGGGGAUUACAAAGGAGAAGGUGAUAGCGGAGAUAAUUGGCAAAUAGUAUGUCGAACUGAUUUUUGGGAAAGGGAUGAUAGUGUCAGGUUGAAGCAUGUAGACACAAAUGCGUAUUUAUCCAUUAGCGGUAGAUCAUACACCCAUCUGGUUGGUCAGAUGGAAGUAAUUGGAGAUUAUUCACCUGAUAGUCGACAUGUAGAAUGGAAAACUAUGGAGGAAAAUAACAUUAAAAUGGCCAUCAAAGAGAGUGAAAUUUCGAAUUUGGACGAAUUGAUAACAAAUUUUAAGAUAUUAUGUUUGGUAAAAAAAGAACGGAAUAUUGACACUAUAUCAUCGCAACAAUCUGUUGCAUCUUACUCGGAACUCAAACAGGAACCUGCCAAUUGUAAAACGAAUGAUGAUUCUAAUCUAUAUAUACCUAAUGAUGUAUAUAAGGAGAUUACUUCAUUUUUGAAGUGGCCAAUGAAUACAAAAGAAGAUGUUCUUAAAGUGGACAAGAAAAACAACGUUAUUAACCAUUUUAAAACUACAUAUACAAUUGAAUUGCUUAACAUAGAAAAACAAAUAUUUACCAUUUCUAAAACAGCAAAAAUUAUAAUUAUAAAAAGUUUUGAAUUUUCAUGCAUAUGUAAAGAUUCUCAAACGAGAUAUUGUUUUUUUUGCAAACAAAAAGUAUCUGAUAAUUUACAAAUGUUUUAUGAACAUAUACAUACUUUUACACAUAUACAAAAUCUUAAAAAAAUAAUAUUGCACCAUAAGUGCUUCGAUAUAGCAUUAAAGCAUAUGGAAGAAACUAAUAAUUACUGGGAAUGUUAUAAGUGUGAAAUGUUAUUAUUAAAAUAUCAUGAGAAUAUGAAACUACAUAAUAGAAAUAAAACGGAUAAGAAAAUAUUUUCAGAUUGCUGUGAACAAUCCAAAAGUCAAUGUAACCAUCUUUUGAAAGAAUUUGACAACUAUUGGUAUAAUAUUCAUCAGUAUGCUUGUAUACCUUGUAAGAAACAAUUUAAAUUCAAAUUAAGUUUUUUAUAUCAUAUUGAUAAUUUACAUAAACAUGCAAAAAAUAUUGUAUAUGAUUUUUGCUUACCAUGUGCAUUAUUAUGGAUUUCAAAUGGAAGGGAAUAUUGUUCUUCAUUUUCAAUACAUUGUAGGAAUGAAAUGCAUAAAUUUUUGAUAAAUAGCCUAGAUUUUGUAAUUGGAGAAUUACCUUCGCGUGCAAAAGAAUUACUUGAACACGUAGAAGAGACUGCAGAAAACUUAUUCAAAUUAUCAGAAACUGCAUUAAAAUCUGACUUAAUAGAAAAAAACUUUUUAAAUCCAUUAAAAUCUUUAUUAAAUACUGAGUUCCCUAGAUUAAAAAUGUAUCCAUUUGGAUCAAGAAUAGCAGGCUUAGGCUUUGCAAGUAGUGAUGUAGAUAUAUUUAUUGACUGUGAAGGGAUUGCGUAUGAAUGCAACAACUACUAUAGAUUAUCAUCUAUAAGAAAUUAUAUGGAUAUUAUCAAAAAAUGUUUACAGGAAGACAAAGAUAUAUGGGAUGUGCAAGAAAUAUUGAAAAAGACUAGAGUACCUAUUAUAAAAUUAAGACAUAGACAAACUGGAUUACAAUGUGAUCUUUCCUUUUCUAAUGGCUUAUCAGUUGAAAAUACUAAAUUAAUUAAAUCCAUUAAUAAAGCAUGUCCACAAGGUAGAAAAUUAAUUUUAUUUGUUAAAAAGUGGCUAUCUCGCUGUAGUUUACCAGGUUAUCAUUGUAUUACGAAUUAUGCUCUUGCCUGGCUUGUUAUAUUUUAUUUACAAAUUGAAAAGUUUUUACCAAGCAUUGAUACUUUAAUAAAGCGAAAAAAUAAAUCAAAACUUAUUUCUGGUUGGGAAACUGGAGUCGACCAUGACAUUCAAGAUAUAGUUGUGAACAAAUCUUUUCAUCAAUUACUAAGAGAAUUUUUUACCUUUUAUGGUCAUUUUAAUUAUAGAGAUUAUGUUAUUUGUCCAUUAAUUGCUGAUACAGUAGAGAAAAAAUAUUUUAUAGAUAUUUUUAAAUUACCGAAAGCAAUGAAUCUUUACAUAGAAUAUAUUCAAGAAUCAGCCAUUAAUACAAGCUUUCGUAUUGAUUCUUCAAUAUGUUUACAAGAUCCAUUUGACUUAUCACAUAAUUUAACAAAAGCUGUAGAACCUCUUACGUUAAGAGCUUUCAAAAAAUAUUGCAAACUGAGUGCAAAUAUUCUAAAUAACAUGAUGUAAUUAUAAUGUGAAAUAUAAAAAUAUACAUCAAAUAAAUAAUUCACAUUAUAACACUAAACAAUUUUUAUCGAUUGUUUUAUAAGCUAAAUUAUAGUCUUAAAAACAUAAAGAAAAUAUUAUUAUAAUAGUCAUAUAGUUUUGAUAAAUUACUCUGCGUACAAUUUACAACAAUGUUAGUGUUUACAAUAAUGAUUGUUAAUGUUAACAUAUAUUUUCUAUAUUUGUAAAAUGUUUUACUACAUGAAUAAAGAAUAUUUUCUUAUAUGUCAUAUGUUUUUAUAAAAAGAAAAAAAAAACGUAGGCACACACAGAUGUUUUCCUAAAACGUCUAUUCCAAGAAAACAACAAAGAACAUACGUAGGUAUGUAUCGUCAUUAUAAUAAUAGAUUAUUAGGUGAAUUUUUUAAUGUUUCAUAUAUCGUUGCUGUGAAGAUAAAUAAUUAAUCUCUGUUUUAAUAUUGAAAUCUCUUUUAUUUUUGGUCAUAAAAUGCUUAUAAAAAUAUAAUAUAUUUUUCAUAGUUAACUUUUCUAUUAUAAAAGUGUAUGUUUUAAUUAAUAUGUAAUACCUUGUGAAAAAUAGUAAAUACUAUUUGAAGUUGUGUGAAGAUAUUGAUAUUUUAAUAAAAUAUAAUUUAUUAAAUAUAUAUUUUAUUAUAAGUAAUCAACCAUUCGUAUCAUUUAUAAAAAAAAAAAAAAAAAAAAAAAUUAUGAAGA